CGUUUAAGACGUGAAAUUCAAGACCAACGUGAGAUGAUACUAUUUAUCAUGUUCAUCGAGAUUGAUGGAUGCCUAUAAAUACAACCAUCUCAUAGAUGCAUUAGAAUCACACCAAACUUAAAAGAGCCUUUUAAGCAUACACUAAAGAAAUGUCUUCUCAAGUUUCUGCAAAUCUUGUUCCAUCUCAAGCUGUUAACAUGUCCAAGGAGAAUCGCCAUUUGGCCGAUUAUAUUCCCAACUUUUGGGGGGAAAUUUUCCUCUCUUCUCCUUCUGAUAUGGAUAUGGAUGCUGGAACUCAACAAGAGUACCAAGAAUUGAAGCGACAAGUGAGGAGAAUGUUAGUGAAAAGCAUCGACAAACCAUCCCGAAAGGUGCACAUAAUCGAUGCGGUCCAACGCUUAGGCGUGGCUUAUCAUUUCAAAAAAGAGAUUGAAGAUGCCCUGCAAAUUGUAUACCAAACUGAUGAUGAUGAUGAUCUCUGCACUAAUGCUGUUCGGUUUCGUUUGCUAAGAGAGCAUGGCUUCAAUGUUCAUCACGAUACAUUCAACAAGUUCAAAGAUGAGAAUGGAAAGUUCAAAGAAUCCUUAAUCAGUGACAUUAAAGGCAUGUUAGAGUUCUAUGAAGCUGCACACUUUCAACUGCAGGGAGAAAGUAUAUUAGAAGAAGCUCUUUCUUUCACCACAUUUCAUCUAAAGUUGGCAGAAACAAUGGUGGAUUAUCCUCUCUCCUUACAGAUCGCCGGUGCUCUAAAACGACCGCUACGCAAGAGCUUACCUAGACUGGUUGCUAGGAGCUACAUUUCCAUAUAUGAAGGAUAUGGUAACCAAGAUCAAAACUUAAUGAAAUUCGCAAAGUUGGAUUUCAAAAUGGUUCAACAUUUGCACAAGCAAGAGUUGAAGGAGAUUAACAGGUGGUGGAAAGGUUUAGAUGUAGCGACCAAUUUUCCUUACAUACGAGAUAGAUUGGCGGAGUGUUAUUUGUGGAUAAAUGGAGUGUACUUUGAGCCCCAUUACUCCAUUGCUAGAACUUUUAUGACCAAAGUAAUAUCCCUCACAUCAAUAACGGAUGAUACUUAUGAUGCAUAUGGCACACCAGAAGAACUUGAACUCUUUACAAAAGCAAUCCACAGGUGGGAUAUCAACUGCACGGAUCAACUUCCGGACUACAUGAAAUUGCUGUAUCGUGAAAUCUUAAAUGUUUUUAAAGAUAUGAAUGAUUUGAUGUCCGAACAAGGAAAAUCAUAUCGUGUCCCACUCGCAAUUGAAGCGAUGAAACAAGUGUGUGAAGCCUACUAUACUGAGGCCAAAUGGUUCCAUGAAAAAUACAUGCCAAAAGUGGAGGAGUAUUUGUCUGUUGCAUUUGUUUCUUGUUGUUAUCGGAUGCUUACAAUUGUAUCUUUCGUUGGCAUGGAAGAUAGCAUAACAAAAGAGACAUUCAUUUGGGCAUUUAAUGACCCCAAGAUUCUUAGAGCUUCAACAACUAUUUGUAGGCUGAUGGAUGAUGUUGUUAGUCACCAGUUUGAGCAAGUGAGAGGACAUGCUCCUUCUGCGGUGGAAUGCUACAUAAAUCAAUACGGGACAUCAGCACAAGUGGCAUACGAUGAGUUUUACAAGCGAAUAAACAAUGCUUGGAAGGAUCUGAAUGAAGAGUUGUUGAAACCAACGGCAGUGCCAAAGUUGGCUCUUGAUCGAGUUCUAAACCUUACAAGGGUCAUUGAUCUGCUUUACAAGGACGAAGAUGCUUAUACACGUGUUGGCGAAUCUGCAAAAACUAGCAUCACUAUGUUGUUGAUUGAUCCAAUCUCAAUUUGAUUCGAGAACUUAAUGAUUUAAAUAAAUAAUCACUUUUGAAAAGUGACAGCUAAAAAUUCAGAGUUCAAAUCUCA